CUUACCUGUGUACACACACAACACACGCUCGUCUGUCGGUGUUAGCUCAGGAAGAUUUGCGCCCGUGUUUCUAUGUGUUUAGACAACGACUUGUUAUUAGUCGUAGGAAUCGAGUCAACAGGACAACACAGACAAGACAAGCAGAGACAGAGGCGCAGUUCCCACAACAGUUACGGACCAGAUAUUAGACGGUGGCAGUAUGAGGUGGAAGACACUUCUGCCCCUGUUCUUCGUCUUCAUUGCGUUCCUGUUUUUCGGGGCCUGGAUUUUCAAGACCCUGGAGGAGACGUACCAUGUGCCCGGGAUUCGGAUCGAGCACGAUCUUGAGGCGGUGAUAGUGGCCAUAGCCAGGCGGGUCAACUCUAGCGUGUCCGAGGACGAGGUUCUGGCUUACAUCGAGGCCGCGCGGACAGGGAGGUUUCCGAUGUCCCAAAAUGGCACCACGACUGCAUAUCACAUGGACUACUUCGACGCCUGGUUCUUCUGUAUCACGUUCAUCACUACCAUAGGGUACGGCUUCAUCACUCCGCACACUGUGGGCGGGAAGCUGUUCUGUAUAGUGUACGCCUUCCUGGGGAUCCCUGUGACGCUGAUCAUGCUGACGGCUAUCGGACGGAAACUAGGUGAUACUAACAGGUGGGUGGAGAAGAAGGUACAGAAGAAGCUGCCGAACUAUCCGGGGCGGAUCCGGGCGGUGACGCUGCUGAUCGUGGUGGUGACGAGUGUCGGCAUCUUUUUCUUCGUGCCGGCCAUCAUCUUCACCAUCGUGGAGGGGUGGAACUUCCUGGACUCGCUGUACUACUGCUUCAUCACGCUCAGCACGGUCGGCUUCGGCGACUUCGUCUCCAGCGUGCAUCACGAGUCCUCUUCGUACUUCGGCUUCGUGCUGUAUAAGGUGAUCUUGUUCCUGUGGAUCAUGGUGGGUCUGAGCAUCGUCGCCGCCGUGUUUGACUUGAUCCAGGAGGCGCUGAGAGGUCUGAAGACCAGGGUGAACAGAAACAUGAAGGACCUGAGCGUGGACCAUUUCGGCCACCUGGUCAGCAGGGUGCACGAGGAGGGCGGGAAGGGUCUGGGUAAGAUCACCGACAUCACCAAGAGUAAGAUGAAGAAACAGCGCGCCAGGACGUCCAUCUCCAGGAAAAACAAGAACCCGGACGAGGAGACGGCGAGUGACGGCAUGCCGGGGAGUUACGUCGCACAGGAGUGGUAACAUGUUAGCGUUAGUGACUAUCCAGAACCAUGCAUAGCUGGUUCUAUGCCGGAAUUGGUUAUAUGGUAUCCAGAACUUUGCCUAAGCUUAGUUUAAAAUCUAUGCCUGAAUGGGUUAUCUUUUAUCCAGAGCCGUAUCUAUUAUAGCUAGUUCUAUGCAUAUGCCUGACUUGAUUAUACUAGUAUUGUAUCCAGAGCCGUACGUAUCUAUCUAGUUCUAUGGCUAGUUCUAGGAUCAGGCAUCGUUCUGGAUAUUCUCCGCGUAUUCAAGAACGUAGAUUUGCCCCAGGCACGGUUCUGGAUCCGGAUACGCGUGGGCUAUCCAGAACUAUACCUGCAGCAUGGUCAUGGAUAAAGUUUUAAAUACAUGUAUAACAGUGACUAUAGAGAACUGUUGUUCUCAUGUAUCCUUACAGCCACUAGCGAUCACAGUUUGAACUGCACUUUUUAUUAUUUUUGAGCAGCGGACAUUUGUGUAACAAGCAGCUUCUGUUGUGCUAUAGGUUACAAGCAAUAUCGUGGAUUACCAGCGAAGGAGCCGGCAACGUAACAGAAAUUCAGAACUUUUAAAAAGGUUAUUAGAAGAAAGAGUUUUAGGACGGGAAUUCCUUUAUUAUAACAUAUAUAAUAUGUUAGUUUUGCAAAAUACUUUUUCUAUGAUGAUUGCUCAGUUGACGACCUGUUAUGUACCGUAAAUGAGAAAUAUGUAUCAAUUCCACCUGCUGUAGAUGACUGUUGUGGAUGGUAACUUUGAAACAAAUCUAAAUGUGCAACCUUAUACAUGUUUAUAUUCAUGGCAUAGUGUGUUUAUGGUAGAUAUUUUGUAAAUACGUGUGUAUGUGUAAUGUAACAAAGAUUUUGACUUACUCUAAUAUUUUAAUCGGAAAUGAAUUAAGGGUAUCAUUUUAAUUAAUAAUGUUUUGAUCUAUAUUCAAACCUUUAAACUUUCUAUUGCAAAUACUAUAUCACCGGCUUACAGAGUCUGAAUUAUUGAGGAGAUAUUUAACAGUUAAUGCGAUCUAGGUAGCGAGUCAUUCUUAAAACAUAAGGAAACAUUUAUAUUAGAUUCUUUUAAUAGUGAAAAUUGCUACGAAGAAGUAAACUUUUUUCUGUAAUAUUUACUCCUCUUUCACUUUGUUAUCCCUUCUGUAAUGUGAACAAUUCUCUUUUGCCACAUUGUUUGUAAAGUCCUCUAUGGUAUCAAAUGUAAAUGUUUAGAGAUACAACAAAAUUGUUAUGUCUGCUUCUUCUUGCGUCAAUGGUAGGCAAACCAUUUGAUAUUCAAUUGAUAUUUGAUAUGCCGGACAGCUUGCGCUAUUUAAUAUCGGCGUGAAAAUGAUUUACUGUUCUUCAUUGUUUGUUGGUCUUUUUCAUGUUACUUGCAAUUAGAUAUAGCU